GCAGCUGCCAUCGCUUCCGGGGCGAGACGCGGCGAGCUGUUUCUUGCUGUGCUUCAGCUCCCUCUUGGUCUGCAUCCUCUUGGCCCUCACCACCGCGAUGAGCUUCCUCAAAAGUUUCCCGCCACCCGGGUCAGCGGAGGGGCUCCGGCAGCAGCAGCCCGACACCGAGGCGGUGCUGAACGGCAAGGGCCUGGGCACCGGCACUCUUUACAUCGCCGAGAGCCGCCUGUCUUGGUUAGAUGGCUCUGGAUUGGGAUUCUCACUGGAAUACCCCACCAUUAGUUUGCAUGCAGUGUCCAGGGACCUAAAUGCCUAUCCACGAGAGCAUUUAUAUGUUAUGGUGAAUGCCAAAUUUGAAGAAGAAUCAAAAGAAUCUGUUUCUGAUGAAGAAGAGGAAGACAGUGAUGAUGAUGUUGAACCUAUUGCUGAAUUUAGAUUUGUGCCUGGUGAUAAAUCAGCAUUGGAGGCAAUGUUCACUGCAAUGUGUGAAUGCCAGGCUUUGCAUCCAGAUCCCGAGGAUGAAGAUUCAGAUGAUUACGAUGGAGAAGAAUAUGAUGUGGAAGCACAUGAACAAGGGCAGGGGGACAUCCCUACAUUUUACACCUAUGAAGAAGGAUUGUCCCACUUAACAGCCGAAGGCCAGGCCACAUUGGAGAGAUUAGAAGGAAUGCUUUCUCAGUCUGUGAGCAGCCAGUAUAACAUGGCUGGAGUCCGGACAGAAGAUUCAAUAAGAGAUUAUGAAGAUGGGAUGGAGGUAGACGCUACACCCACGGUUGCUGGACAGUUUGAGGAUGCAGAUGUUGAUCACUGAAAAUGAUUUUAUGUUGCUUUGGGAUUUUACUCAUAACUGUAGGAGAGAACUUGGUGCCUUUUCCUCGGUGGAGUGGGUGUUGAUGAAAUUAUUUUUCCUUCUCCAAAACUUCCUCAACCAGUUCUUUCUUGGCACAGACUGUAUGAGACAACAAGUUGUCACCAGCAGAGGAAACUAUGACUUUUAUUAACCAAGGUGAAUUUACUUAACCAAGAGGGUAUUUGUAGUUUAUCUUUUGUCCCCAAACCUUCUGUGUCCAGGUACCUUCUGAGUAGGCCUGUAAUUCCUGCCUUCAGUGUAUGUAUCUUCUGUAACCUAGCAGGGGUAUAUGGUGAAAAUGCACGGGCACUUAGGUGUUGGUGGACGGGAUGGAAGAGAGGCUGAAGCUAAGAUAGACCGUUUAGGGCCCAGGAACACCCUUACCCUAAAAUGAAAGACAAAGAUCUCAGAUGAAUCUGGCGUCUGCUCGUUCUCCACAGGGGUCAGGGUCUUUUUACUAUUGGGACCCAGAUUCAUUCAUUCAGGCAUCUCUAGGGAGCCUUUUUGGAAGCAUCCCAGCCACACAUACUAACACUGACCAGCUUUUGCUCCUUUCACCAUGUUUCACCAGUCUGUUCUAAUAAAGCUUCUUAGGUUUUGUUAUAUCCUUUAAUUUCUAGCCUCUUCAUUCAGUUUCUGUAGCAGGACACAUGAAAUUGGGAUGAAGUUCUCAAAGUAUUCCACAUGAUAAUUGUUUUGUCUUUGUAAUAGCAUAACAAAUAAAUCUAGGUUUUCUAUGU